GUUACCGGGAUUUAGCUUACUCACACAAACUCCUGAGAGGAUCCUAUUUAACGAAUUGCUACCUGGUUAUUAUUGACAAUGAAAGGUGAAUAAGAGGGUCUCCUCUUGACAAAAGACAAUGACCAAGACAAAAGUUGAGGGCAAUCCCGAGUCUAAUGCACGCUCAUCCCAUCACGGACGGGACGGGCAGGAUAAUAAAGCCUGCGGAGACUCAAGCAGCCAGCAGCCGUCAAGACAAAUCCACCGGCAUCAUGCGCAGCACAUGACGUCAAAACAACCGCAGGCGAAAAGCGUCCCGCCGCCACAGAACAAAACUAAGGAGAUUUUCUCCAAGAAACCAAAGCGUGGAUCAUCAUCAGCAGCAGUCCUCUCGCCGAACACUCAUGCAGGAAAAAAGGAGAUGAAGCCAGAGUCGAAAAAGCGCUCCGGCAGCAGUCGCAGUAAAUCGUCCAGCAGGAGAAAGCUGUCCGAUGGGAGCAUCACGUCUGAUGACCUGAGUAAAGACUCCGGCUGCGCCACCGGGAAACUUUCCUCCACCGACAGCAGCUCUGAGAUCUCGGACGCGUCUGAGGAGAACAAGCAAAUCAUUGACGCUGAGAGGAUGGACGGUUCUGCUGAGCAAAUAUCAGAACACAGAGAAGAAGAUGGUCUGGUUAAUGCCAGCCUGUCUCCGGGUUUGGGCUUCGGGGAGGGAAGCAUCUCUCCCGGAGACCAGACAUCCUACGCUUCCCUGGACAGUCGCUUGAACUUGAGCUCAUCGGUGGCGUUUUCUGACCUGACAGGAGACUUUACUGAUGGGGUGCAUGAGGAUCUGCUGAGGGAGAUUGACGACCUGAGAUCGGAAAAUGAAUAUUUAAAGGAUGAGAUGGAGGAGCUUCGCUCAGAAAUGCUGGAGAUGAGAGACCUGUACAUGGAGGAGGAUGUAUACCAGCUGCAGGAGCUCCGGCAGCAGCUGGAACAGGCAAACAAAGUCUGUCGCAUCUUACAGUACCGACUCAGGAAAGCAGAGAGGCGCAGCCUGCGUGUAGCUCAGACGGGACAGGUGGACGGAGAGCUUGUCAGGACGCUUGAGCACGAUAUUAGGGUUGCAAAAAGUGUGUCUAUUCGCCUACACGGUGAACUUGAAGCUGUUCAAAAGAAAAAUUCACGGUUGGAGUGGGAAAAUGAGGAACUGCGUGAGAGGCUUCAGGAUCUAGAGGUGGCGAAGCAGGUUCUGCAGGCUGAGAUGGACAAAUCACAGAAUUCUCUGAAGAGAAGAAGUUUGAGAUCAACAUCCAGCAAGAGUGAAAAGAAGCUCUCUCCACAGGAUGACAGUGCUGAUUUAAAAUGCCAGCUCCACUUUGCCAAAGAAGAGUCUGCGUUGAUGUGCAAGAAGCUAACCAAGAUGGCGCUGGAGAGCGAGACGAUGCGGGAGCAGCUGGCCAAAUACCGUCUGCUUUACGGUGAAGUGGAUGAAAACCAGGCCGCAGCAGGCGCCACUAACUCCACCCACACUCGAGAAGCAGAGGUCAAAGUUCACUUGCGACUGGUGGAAGAGGAAGCCACGCUGCUAAGUCGUCGAAUUGUGGAGCUGGAGGUGGAGAACCGUGGGUUGCGGGCAGAGAUGAGUGAAUUACGUGAACGAGGAGCAAGUUUGGAAGAAGAUGAAGUGAUGAAGGGUGCAGGUGAAGGGUUAGCAUUGCCUCUCCAAAAUGGAGAGCAAGAGGAGAUGUCUAGAGGUCUGGAUGGUAAAGAGAAAGCAGAUGCAGUGAGUAAUCACAAUAAUACACAGGAGAACCAGACGCAUGAGCAUGUGGAGACCUCCUCUAUCAGCCAGAUGCUCAGAGAAGGGCCGAUCGGUGGGGAACAGGAGCUUUCAAUGGAGAUUAAAGAAGAAGAUGGAGAAAGUCAAUGUAAGUCAGAAUUCACGUUUGGUGUGAAGGAUCUAGAAGGUCUUCUUGCCAUCCAUGACCAGGCGUUGCUUGUUAGAUCAACUAUUCAGUUCCUAAUGGCACCAGCAAAAAAUGGCAUGUCUCCAACAUGUACCCAUAAGACAGCUCCUGGUGCUCCAUAUCUAAGCAAAAUAUCAGAGGAUCCUCAGUGCAAGACACAUCAAUGGAUUUUAGAUCCCAUGUUCAGUCCCUUGACCAAUGGACUAGAGGUGUUACGAGCUCAGUUGUGUGCUCUUAUUGAAAAGUUAGAGGUGCUGUUGAACUCCGCUUCAGAAAACUCUGAGCCUGUUACAGAUAAGAAUGUAUUCAAUGUUGGUGAAGAUUUAAAGGCAGUGAAAGAGGAUGCAAAGAAUCAAGUGAGACAAGAAUGUCAUGGUGAAGGAAAUGGGGUACAUGGGUGCAGCGAGGACAGCUUGAUACUGCUCACCCUGCAGCUCAGGUGGUUCAUCCAGCAGUGGCAGCAAGGAGAGAGAUCUAUUGGAGAUGGGAAGAAGCUGUUUGAGGUGUAUUGUCAGAAUGAUCUUCACCUCUUAAAGGACAAAGAGUGCAAGUACAACCUGCAAGAGAAGUGCAACGGUCAGAUGAACAGUGUCCUGCUCUCAGACUUGAGGACGGCACUGCAGGAUCUGUUCUCUGAACUUUGGGAGGAGCACAGAGCCUCCCAAUGUGUCGUCCAUCAAUUUGCAAAAGCGAAAGCAUCCUGGGCUGUGGAGUGUGCAGAGCAGAAAAGCCUCAUAAACAGGCUGGAGGGUCCAUCUGUGAACGCAGGAGUUAAGUGUCCAUCAGACCUGAACACAGCUUUGCAGAAGGACCAUGUUGAGAAGCUCCAGCAGCUGUUAGCGGAGUCCUACACUGCAGUGAUAGACCUGACCAGACAGCUGAAGGUCCGAGAGAGCAGAUGGAGCUCUGAGCGGCAGGAGCUGCUGGAGCACCUCAACCACAGGAGACUGGAGCUGGACGUCUCAAAGACAGCUCAGCACAAUGGAGAAGUGCAGCCCACUAGACACAAGAUGAUGCAAAAAGAUGGAAAUAUGCAGAGGAUGGUUCUCAAAACUACCAUGACAAAACCCAACAAGAACUGGAAGUACCUCAGUCAUGAAGCUGCCCUUCUGGACCGAGAGGAUGCCUGCAAGACUUGGGAUUGUCCUAUCAUGCCUCCCAGUUUCCCAGGACUGAACCUAAACCACGAGCUGACUCCAAGAAGCCACACAGCUCCAGAGAGAACCAGCAUCCGUAUCUAUUACAGCCCACCAUCGGCAAAGAGAAUCCAAAUGAGCUCUCUGAUACCGAGAGAAGAGGAAGAGCACGACGAGAGCCAGCAACCACAUUUCACUGCCGCUCCCUCUGGCCUUGAAAAACAAGAUUGGGUAUCUGCGUAUGAAAGCUGGCUGCGUAGCCUGUCGUUUGACUGCCAAAGUUUGAUGGAGAGAGAUUCUGAGUCCUCUUCUGGUCUGCGGACCUCCAGUAUUGGGUCUCCAUCGCGGUUAGCCUUCAAUAGCAUGGACGUCUCGGCCAACCUGAGUGAUGACAUGAAGGAAAUUACUGCCAGCGUCCUCCAACCCAGCUCUCUGGAGAGGAAAAGAGCCAAGGAUUUUGGGAGCAAAGUGGUGAGUGUUGUGAGUACAGGAACUCAAACUCAAUCCCGACCGCAGGUGACCACAAUCGGGCUACAGACCGACGGACCUCGAAAUCUUUACGCCGCAAAGCACUGGUCACCCCGUGUCACUUCGUUUGUUUCCGCAAGAACCCAGCAAACGUCAGCACCAUUGGAAAGAGUUUCAGAACGGUUUCAACCUCAUAACACCUCGCCGAAAAUACAACGCAGACACUCUGCUUCAUCUCUGAAGUCUUCCUCGUCUACUUUGGUCUCGUCGUCUUCCUCUUUCACCACAUCAUCUUUAUCCUCCUCAUCUCUAAGUUCUUCUUCCAGGACGGAUUAUGGAGCGAAGGAGCGUGGAUUGUGGGCUUCACCAUCCAGCAGGCCCAACUCCGUGUCAAUGCAGACCAGCGAUAAACCUGGGGGCCGAAAAAAUGUUGGAGUGCACAAGUACGGCCUGGUUCACGAGUUCCUGCGCAAUGUAUGCGGUCGAGGAGAGAAGACCAACCCGGAGAUGGAGAAAGCGCCAGUGGCUCGAAGGGAUCAUAUUAGUCUGGCGGCGGGUUCAAAGAAAUCUGAACACCCACCGUCUCGAAUACCAUCAGUGACGGUGGUCCGAAAUGACAGCAUCACCAAAAUCGUGAACCGCAGGUUUAUGAAGCAAAACCAAAAAGAAGACACUGUAUGUCAGAGCCAGACCCAAACUCAACGGCAAACUGACAAGGGUUCAAUCAGCAGGAACAAGGGCUUGGAGGAAGGAGCCUGUGAUUGCAGCUCACGCUCUCUGACAUCCUGCUUUGCUCGACCCUCACAAAAAAAUGCUCGAUUCAGUCAAAACAAGUCCCGUCCACACGAACACCCCCAAUCCCGAGGUAAAAGUGAUCCACUUGUCUAAUAGGAUGGGAGUCAUCAGGAAGCUUCAGCGAUCAGCAGGCCUGGAUGGAUCAUUCACAUAUUUCUAAAUAUCACCUGCCCCUUUUGAUACACUGAUAUAUAUUGGCUUACUUCAUUCAUUCAUUUUCUUUUCGGCUUAGUCCCUUUAUUAAUCAGGGGUCGCCACAGCAGAAUGAACCACCAACUUAUCCAGCAUAUGUUUUAUGCAGCGGAUGCCCUUCCAGCCUCAACCCAACACCGGGAAACACCCAUACACCCUCACACUCACACAAAUACACUACGGCCAAUUUAGCUUAUUCAAUUCACCUAUAGCGCAAGUCUUUGAACUGUGGGGGAAACCGGAGCACCCGAAGGAAACCCACUUGAACAUGGGGAGAACAUGCAAACUACACACAGAAAUGUCAACUGACCCUGCCGGGGCUCUAACCAUCAACCUGCUUGCUGUGAGGCGAUUGUGCUACCCACUUUUUCAUCAUGCUGCCCCGCUUACUUGAUUACUCAUUUAUAUUUGAUUUUCCAUGUUAAAAUCCAUUCCACAUAAUUUCCCUCUAAAUCAGCAAUUAGAAAAUCUGCCUCCUCGGACUGGGGUUACACAAACUUUUUUGUAAAUAGACUCAUUUUACAACUCUUCUAGAAUUGGACAUUUGAGCUUUAACAUUUUUUUAGACCAAUCAGCCGAUCUCCUGGUCAGGCGGGGACACUUUUAGCUUAGCUUAGCAUACAUCAUUGAAUCGGAUUAGACCAUUAGCAUCUUGCUCAAAAACAAAACGAGAGUUUUGAUCAUUUUCCUAUUUAAAGCUUGACUUUUCUGUAGUAACAUCUUCUAAGAUAGACAAAAAAAUUUUUUGCUAUUUUCUAGGAAGACAUGGCUAGGAACUAUACACCCAUUUUGGUGUAAUAAUCAAGGAACUUUGCUGCCAUACCAUGGAGAUCUGCUAAAUUAAUUGAGAAAUGGUAAAACUCAACUGUUUAACACUAGGGGAGUUGUAAAAUGAGAGAAUUUCCAAAAAAAGUGGAUAGUUCCUUUAAGGAAUGUGUCAAGCAUUAGUUAUUAUUAGCAUUAUUGUUGUUUAAAAGUGAUAACAGAGCUAAUACAGAAUGAAUAAUGUUGGUAUUAUGCAAGGAUUUCCAGUUGCAGAUGUUUUCACAACACAUUUUACGCAAGUUUUUACUUUUAAGACCCUUGAUGACCUUGACUUUGUUCAAUGAUCUGAUUUUAUUCAUUGUUUUAUAAUAUGUUAUGCAUUAUAGAAUGCGUGUAGGAAAUUAAUUUGUUGUUAGAUGCCUUAUAAAUGUGAACAGUUUCUCAUGGUCUGUGUUUAAGAGCGGCGGCUGGCCAAUAAUUGUGGGGUCCAAGCUAAUUUUUUUUCUCAGUUGUAACUAUGAAAUGUAAAACUUUUUUUAUCACGUUAAUAAAUACCGAUUUAUGUGAUUA